CGCAGCUGUGCUGCCUCCCCGUCAGACGACGCAGAGAGGGAGAGAAAGAGAGGAAGAAGCGGGUAGAAACUCGCCCCAAACUUUAGGAAAAAAACCUUCAUUUAAAACCAAGACUGCGUCGUGCUUUUUAAAGUACAUCGGAGACUUUACGCGCCGCUUUUGGAGACGUUUACGCGUCAGGCUGUGCGCGUAACGGAGAGCCCACCUGUCCGACGAAGGUAGAUUUCACUCCGUUUCUCGUAGGAUGUGAAUCUUCCUGAUUUUUGUGAAAUAACGGAGCAGAGCGAGCAGGCAGCCGGGGGACUCGGGGUCAGAGCUGGCUCUGGUUAAAACAUGUGCAGCCCUGUGAUCAACAGCAACACAGAGGCUGUAGAGGAGUGAGUCUUUCCAGGGGACGGGGACAAAACGCAAAACAACUUUUCCACUCUUCCACACUCAGAGGAUGGAUGGAGAACAUUCUGCGCUGUCAGGAGUUGAGAGGGAGAGAGAGAGGCUUCCACCAAUUUACAACAGCUCCCCUCCUGCUGGUUUUGGGAGAGGAGCGAAGCAGCCUUUUCCAUCUCUGGGCACCUUCAUCUCCACGCUCAGCCAGAGGAGGGACAUGGCUGGACGUGGACUGGCUGGUGGCAUCAUGGGCAACUUGACCGGUAACCCCGGACUCAGACACGGGAGAGAGCUGCCUCCGAUAUGCAGCGAUGUUCGUCAAAAGCAGCGGCUCUCCAUCGACACUCUUCCUCCAGAGGUCAAAGCUCCUUUCCCCUCUGACCCCAUCAUCCCCCUGCGCACCAAGACUACCAAGGAGUUUCAGGAGGACAUGGAGCGUGCCCUCCAAUCAGGAGACUGGAGGGAGGUCCGGGGGUUUUACCUGACAACCUUUGACUCGUUCAUAGAAAUCAACGCUGCCUUCAAGCGAGAGGCGAAUGGAUUGUUUAACACUAUAGAGGACUCAGGAGUCAACACCAAGUUUGUCAACGCUGUUUACGACGCACUGCUCAACACACCUCAGGACAUCCAGAAGUCAGUGCUGAAAGGGAUCAUUAACAGCCUGCUGAGGGAGUGGAAAGGGCCUCGGACAAAAGAUGAUCUGCGAGCUUACUUCAUUCUCGUUCAGAACCCACAGUACUCAAGCACCAGCACCUAUGUGAUCUAUGCUCACCUGCUCAGGCAGAUCGCAGCUUUGUCUGAGGCUGACCAUCACUUCCUGGUUCACUGGUUUAAAAAACUGUCUGCAAGGCGUUUCAGACAACUGGUAGAGCGCCUCCUGCAGUUCAUCUCCACUCGCCUGUUUCCAGCAGAACCAGAUGAACUUCCUCCUCUGUCCAAGUGCGCCUGGUGGAUUCCCUCCGCAACCAAAGUGCUCAGCCUCUUCAAUGCAGCCAACAGUGUCUCCUCUGCUCCAAUCAUGUCCUUCACUGACUUUUACAACAUUACUCUUGAACACAUAGAUUUUAUGGAAGAUUAUAGGACCUGGCAGAACUAUGGCAACUCAAAUAGGUUUUCUUUCUGUCAGUUUCCCUUCAUCCUCUCAACGGUGGUAAAGAAAGCCAUCAUCCAGAAAGACUCGGAGCAACAGAUGAUCAGUCAGGCCAGGCAAAGUCUGGUCAGUAAAGUUUCUCGCAGGCAGAGAGUGGACAUGAACCUUCUGUUUCUCAACAUUAAAGUACGACGAGCACAGCUUCUCAGCGACUCACUGGAUGAGCUGACGAGGAAGCGAUGCGAUCUGAAGAAGAAGCUGCGGGUGACUUUUGUCGGGGAGGCGGGGCUGGACAUGGGCGGCCUGACGAAGGAGUGGUUCCUGCUACUCAUCCGACAAAUCUUUCACACAGACUACGGGAUGUUUACCUACAUGAAGGACUCGCGCUGCCAUUGGUUCAGCAGUUGGAAGUGUGACAACUACUCUGAGUUCCAGUUGGUCGGGACUCUGAUGGGCUUAGCUGUUUACAACAGCAUCGCACUGGACAUCCACUUCCCUCUCUACUGUUACAGGAAGCUCCUCACACCACCCACUGUACCAUGUGACCAAAAUGCCCUCGUUGGCAUGGCAAAUGCCACCCUGGACGACCUGCAGCAGAUCAUGCCGGAGCUGGCUCACGGUUUGGGAGAGCUGCUAAGCUAUGAGGGAAAUGUGGAAGAGGACUUCUACCUCACCUUCCAGGUGUUCCAGGAGGAGAUGGGCAUGGUCAAAUCCUACAACCUUAAGCCUGGAGGAGACAAAAUUCCCGUCACCAAGCAGAACAGGAAGGAAUAUGUCCAGCUCUAUGUCGACUUCCUGCUGAAUAAAUCCAUUUAUAAACAGUUUGCUGCGUUCUACCACGGCUUCCACAGUGUGUGUGCAUCGGAUGCACUCAUGUUGCUGCGGCCUGAGGAGGUGGAGAUGUUGGUGUGCGGGAGUCCAGAGCUCGACAUGGGCGCCCUGCAGAAAGCUGCUCAGUACGAAGGAUACAGCAAGACCGACGCCACCGUACGAUGUUUCUGGGACGUGGUGUUGGCCUUCCCUCUGGAACUGCAAAAGAAGCUCCUCCACUUUGCCACAGGGAGCGACCGCGUUCCAGUCGGAGGAAUGGCCGACCUCAACUUCAAAAUCGCCAAGAUUGAUGUCCCGACCGACUGGCUGCCGAUCUCUCACACCUGUUUCAAUCAGAUCUGUUUGCCUCCGUAUCGAACCAGGAAGGAGCUCAAACAGAAACUGACCAUUGCCAUCUCCAAUGCUGAGGGCUUUGGCCUUGAGUGACUAAUCUGCACACACAAACUCCCACAUAUACACACAGACUGUUAGCAGUGCCAUCUGACACAUUUUCCGCAACGCAUCUGAGAUCAGAGAGGAAAUAAGUCUCUCGUUGUGAGUGAACACGUUGAGCAACUUUCUUAUGAAAAUGGAUUCAUCGAUGCUUCAAAUCUGCGGUGCACGAGACGGAAGCUUUGCCAGGAAAACAGCUGCAGAGAAACUCCAGAAAUCCUCUAGUUUGUGUGUGGACUCAACAACACCAACAACACAAACUCUUUAAGCACUUUAGAUUACUGCAUGCUUACCCACCACAGAAUACAGUGAAGGAGGCGUCUGUUCAAACCUAAAUUCAUCACAACAGUCCCAAACAUUCAGCCAGAUUCAUAAAGAACAAACUUUAGACAGUGAGAGAACAAAGAGUCCUGGGUGAUGAUGGCUAAUGUCAACACCACGGAGUCAGUCUGGGAUUACACGAAGGGCCGAGAUGCUUGGAACAGCUGACCUGCCGAGUGGCUGGGUAAAUGGACGCAGAAAAAACUGGUUAUGUUUUAAAUACAGAUACUGAUCUCUGUGACAAUAAGAACAGCUUUUAUUUACAGAGCAGCAGAAUACUAAAUUUAAACAAAAGGCAGGGCAAAAGAAAGUGCAGAAGAAACUGUCCUGCAGAAAAUCACAAAGCGCAAUAAAUACAGGUGAACAUAACAGAAAAAAUACACUAGUAAAGAAAUGACACAGAAACUACUGACAAAAACAAUAAUGAUGAUAAAAGGCCAAUAAAAAAACAGGAUGAAAUGGGCAAAGUCACAUAAAAGCAAGUCGCUCGAGCAUUCAAGGUGGUUCUAAAGCUCAGGGGUCCUAAUGGCUAAUGUUUGGUCACCUUUAGGUUUGACCCAGAAGAUGUAAGGCUGUGUGUGCUGGAGCCCCUGAAAGGGAUGGUGUGGUUAAACUAGUCCCAUGUUUCUGCCAGCAGGCUCCUGUUAAGGUUCAAAAGUUGGAGAAAAGGAGUACGGAGGGUUCACAAGCAAAUAAUAACUCUGGUCCAGAAGAUGUGAUCAAAGCAAAGAUUUAUUGAUUACACGCGUGGAGUCCGAAGCUGGGCAAAGUCAGCAAUCGAACUGAACUUACCAUAAUUAGACAAAGGUUUUAUAUGGGUACAACAACAAAG